AUGCAAGGCAUUACGACGGAGCAGCCUACGGACUUUCAGGCAGCCACUGCCGCGGCAGCAGCCGCCGCCGCAGCUGCAGCCGCUGCUGCUGCCACAGUUUCUGCAAUGCGAACGAAAUCAGAGUCAAGGGACUUGGAACGGGAGCGGGAGGGCAAUAGCAAUAGUGAACAAGACGAGUGGAGUGUCAGCGAAUGUGGUUUCAAUGAUCCGGAGGUGCAGCGUGCCAUGCGUGGCGGUAGCGCCGCCGAAGACAUUACACAAUACCCCAUUCAUGGCUGGGUUGAUGUGACCCAAGAGUUCCACGAGGCGUGUGCCGAGCUGCUGCCCGGUGAAUUGGCACAGGAUAUGCUCUUUGGGUUGUUCGAGGCCAUGUCGGCUAUUGAGAUUAUGGAUCCUAAGAUGGACGUAGGCAUGGGCUUUGAUAAGUUCGAUUUGCCGCCGCCUUCCUUCGAGGCAGCCGUUGCGAUGGGAGCUAUUAAGUUAGAUGCCUUGGAGCCGGCGGAACUGAUUGGUGUCUUUGAUGCACUGUUUGCCUGCUUGGUUUCUUGGCUCGAGGGCAACUCCAUGGAUCAGGUGCUCUUCACCUGCUUGUAUCUGCAUGCUCCAUCUCAGAUACAGGAUAAGGCACUGCGCGUCUUUUGCAUUGCUGUGCGCAAUCUUAUUGUGGUCAUCAAGAACAUUAUUAUCUUAGCGGCCGUUAAUGAGGAGGAAGACUUUCAAUUGUACGGCAAUUCGGCGCUGCUGGGAGCGGAAAAGGCACAACCCGCUACGAUUGCCGGGCAGUUGAAGGACGUGGAGGAUGAGCUAGUCCGCAAGUGCAAGAAGUUGCCACCGGCAGAGGAUCAGAAUUUAAUGGCUGUGGUGCAUAGAUUACGCUUUAUGCGGCAUCUCUUCCAAGCUAUCUACCAGGUGGAGCUGAUGGCAAGUGCUGAGAGUGCCGAAGAGGCUGUUAAUGAGAUUUACAAGAACCUGAAUGUGGCCUCCGAGUUGCUGCCGCUGAUCAAGCGCACCAUCGAGCGCGGCACGCAGCCUGUGGAGGGUUCUGAGGCACCCAAUCCCAUGGGCUUCUCGCCGCGCAUACAUGAUCGCAGCCAGCCGCCAACGUUUCCGCGCAGCAUCAAGAUACGUGAGCGCCCAGCCAGCUAUCAGUUUCUAGAGGAGAUGGUUGCACGCUUUAAGUACGCCUGCAAAGUGAUACGCCACAAGGAUUACUACUCCGCCCUCAACUUCUUUAUCGAAUACAGUCGCAAGUCGGGGCACUGCAUCCUCUCGCGUAGCGUGCUCCAAAACCUAUUUAGCUCGAGUAUUCGCUUGGCCCAUGGCAAACAGUCGAUGAAGCGCUUUUUGAGGCACUCGGUGCAGGCUUUCAAUUCACCACCCGUGCUGAAUUUGAAGCAUCCGGUGGCCAGUGAUCCCAAGGUGCAGCAGCAUUUGGAAACCUUCUUUCGCUAUUGCAGCAACAUGAACACGUUUAAUCAAUUCAUUCGGCUGUGCGGCUUUAAUCGUGCCCGCCAACGCGAUAAGUUGGCGCACUUGAUUGAGAACUUCGACCCCCUGCAGGUAGACGCCGUGCGUUUGGACUCGCUGAUGAAUCAGCUCGCCAACGAACGGGCCAUGGAGGGAAAUGAACUGCAUGCAACAGCACUCAAACACAGUACGCAUUUCUCUACUUGGGUGCUGUACAAUUGUUUCCGUGCCAUGCUCAUUUAUUUGAUGUCGGGAUUCGAGUUGGAAUUGUAUGCUGUUCACGAGUUUCUCUACAUUUAUUGGUAUCCCUAUGAGUUUCUUGUGGGCUUCCUAGUAUCGGCGCUCACACGCACCGAGAACAUUCUCCUGGCCCAAGAGGAGUACGCCGAGCAUCAGAGCAAGCUGCAGGUGAAUGGUGGAGGCGGAGGUGCUGGUGGCAAGAAUCGCAAAGCGGCCAAGCCUAAGAAGAACAAGAAACAACAGCGUCCAUAUCGCCAGGAAAUUAUCUACUAUCAUGCUCUGCUCAGUUUGUGCGGCGGUAUGUACAAGGCAAUGGGCGCCCUGACCAAAGACGGGCGUGUGCGUCUGCCCAUGUCCAAGUUUGACAACGAGGAGAUACGCUACAAUCGUCGAUUUGCUCCUUUCGUGCCUCUAACUAGCCCGCCGCCCGUUUCCUAUGCGGAAUUCAAGAGCAUACGCGACCACAUGAUGCUCAGCAGCGUCGAGGAAUUGUACAGCGUGGCCGCCAAACAUUUCGAUCAAGCGCGUAAUGUACUCGAAAGCAUACAGAACCCCGAACAGGAGAUUCUGGAUCUGCUGCAAAUAGCGCGCACCAACUUUGUGGUCAUGAAUGUGUUGGCUCGCGGUCAUCAAAAGGAACUGAAACGUCAGCCGGAAUUCGAUUUCUCGAAGCACAGCUAUUUCCCCAUCAUAAAACUGAAAUAGCAGCAAAAAAGUCUCUCUGUAAUUCGUGUUCAUCAUAUCGCUCCCAAUCAUUAACUGUCGACGUACUGUAAUUUUUCUUUUACUUUGUUUCGUCAUAUACAAAUAAAAUUGAUUUGUAUGCAUAGUAGCAGCUGGAA